AUGAAUGGGAACCAUGGCAAGCCGGGCACAGAAAGGGAGAAUCACGCCAGCGCCGACGAAGCGCCGAGAGGAGACGCCUUCUUCGACCCCAGCGCAGAGCAGUACCUAGUCAUUUCCCCCCGACAAAAGCUAAACCCAAUCUUAAAAAAAAUAAACAGAGUUCGAUACAAAUUUAGUAACAUCAUUCCAGAUUUUUUAAUCGGGAAGAAUAACGCCUGUUUGUUCAUAUCGAUGAAGUAUCACAGACUCAGAUCCAAUUAUUUAAAAGCGCGAAUCGAAACGCUGUCCAAUAAGUACAAUAACCGCAUACUCCUAUGCCUGGUCGAUAUCGAAAAUAUAGAAAACUCUCUGGGGGAAAUAAACCAGCUGGCCUUUUGUUUUAACAUGACGUUAAUAUUAUGUUGGAGUACCGAAGAAUGUGCUCGGGUGAUUGAAGACUUUAAAAUUUACGAGAAGAAAAUCUCCUACAUAAAGAACAACAAACUGACGUCCACCCAUGCGGAGAAGAUACACGAACUUUUGAAAAAAAUCAGGUGCAUCAACUCCUCCGACUGUGUAACAAUCACGAACAAGUUCAAAAGUUUUAAAAAUAUUGUCAUGGCCAAGAAGGACGACCUCAUCAAUUGCUCUGGUUUGGGCAACAAGAAAAUACAGUCGCUCAUAUCUGCUUUUAAUGAACCCUUUUUUUAG